CAGACAGCGACCCUAUAAAUACAAGCUCACAUUGUCCCACGCUGACUCUCUUCUUGGAUUUUUAAUGAGCAGAAACGAAGCCCGGCAAAAUGGUUUCUCAGGGGAUUCAGAUCAUUGGCAUAUCGUUGGCCAUAGUUGGCUGGUUCAUGGUCAUCGUGGUGUGCGCCCUGCCCAUGUGGAAGGUCACCGCUUUCAUCGGGGCCAACAUCAUCACGGCGCAGACCAUCUGGCAGGGCAUAUGGAUGGACUGCGUGGUGCAGAGCACAGGCCAGAUGCAGUGCAAGGUGUACGACUCUAUGCUGGCGCUGCCCCAGGACCUGCAGGCCGCCCGCGCCAUGGUCAUCAUCUCCAUCAUGACGGGCGUCUUCGGGGUGAUCUUGUCGAUCGCCGGCGGCAAGUGCACCAACUGCAUCGAGGAGGAGCGAGCCAAGGCAAAGGCCUGCAUCCUGGCCGGCGUCUUGUUCAUCGUGUCGGGCCUGCUGUGUCUUAUUCCGGUGUCCUGGUCCGCCAACGCCAUCGUCAGCAACUUCUACAACCCGCUGCUGAUCGCGUCCCAGCGUUACGAGCUGGGGGCGGCGCUGUACAUCGGCUGGGCGGCUGCCGUGCUGCUGCUCGUGGGAGGGGGGCUGAUGUGUUGGAACUGCCCGCCCAAAUACGAGGAACGCCCGUACGCGCCCAGAUUCAGACCCGUGAAGUCGGUCUCCACAUCAAGAGAGUACGUGUAAGAGGUUCAGCGCUUCCUACUACCUACGGCCACAGGAAAUGUGAGAAAUUAUUUAAUUAUUUAAAAAAUAUAUAUUUACCCGCAAUGUAAAUAGAGCUUGAGUUGCCACGUGCUGAAUGCGAAACUGUGGUUGCUGUUAGCGUGUGACCUUUCUAACAAAGACAAAAUGCAGACAUUUUUACUGUCACCCCUCGAUGGAUCGGAUCUUUAAUGUUGACUUCUCCUGCUACAAGGAGAGAAACUGUUUGCUGUGAAAACAGUCCAUCCGACACCAAUCAGGAUACUGGCUUUUGUUCCCGCCUCAGACAUUUCAAAAGGAAAGAGUCUUAAAAAAAAAUGAAAACCAGGUUGUAUUGUGGCUGGGUAAGAAACUCUGAUUUUAAAUGAUUAUAAUUAGUCUUUGUAAAUAUUUUAACCAAAUUGUGUAAAGACUUAUCUUUAUUUUUGUUUUGAUGGUAACAACUAGACAAUAUGGCAGUAAGCA